GCCGGCCGGCGGCCGAUGCGAUCGAGUCGGACGCUGAGCCAAAAGCCCAGGCGCUGCCCCAAUCGUGAACCGCACUCGUGAGUGACCGCUGCUAUAAACUCCCGUCCCGUCGCGAACGCACUAAUCAUGGGUCACUCGCCGAUCAUACUUCCGUAAUCACUCCACCAACCUCUGACUCCCUCCCCCCUUGCUCGCUAGCGGGGCGAGCCAAGCCGAGAGCACACGGCACGACACCAGCGCCACCCCACGUUUCGAGCCCUCCCCCCUCGCCCGCAUUCCGAGUUCCCAACCAACCAACGACCGCACCUUCCUUCCCGAAGCCUCCGAGAGCUCAGAGAGAGAGAGAGAGAGAGAGAGUAAUACGGGACACGAGAAAGGCGCGGCGGCAAGCGCAUGGCGUCGUCGAGGGUGAUGGCGUCGACCUCGCCGUCGCACACGGCCUCGGAUCUCGCGCGCUUCGCGCAGGCCGCCAGCAAGCCCGGCGGCGGCGGGGGCAGCGGGCUGGGGUCCAUGAACGUCGAGGAGCUCCUCCGCGGCAUCUACAGCGACAUGCCCACCCCGGCGACCGCGUCCGGCAGCGACCGGCCGAUGUCGCCGGCGCCCGCGCCGGAGAUCGCCACGCGACGGACGGCGGAGGAGGUGUGGAAGGAGAUCACUGGUGGAGGUGGCAGUAUGGGGUCGGUGGCCCCCGCAGCUCCGGCUGUUGUCGCCGCUGGCGGUGGAGGAUGCGACGGCCCGGAGAUGACACUGGAGGACUUCCUGGCGGUGAAGGAGGACGAGGUUAGGGUUUCGGGCCCCUCUGCGCCGGCGGAGGGGCAGGUGGCGAUGGGGUUCCUGAGCGGGGCAGGGGGAGUGGGUGGCAACGGCCGCGGGAGGGGUAGGAAGAGGCAGCUGAUGGAUCCAGUGGAUCGCGCUUUGAUGCAGCGGCAAAAGCGAAUGAUCAAAAACCGUGAGUCUGCAGCCAGGUCACGGGAGAGGAAGCAGGCUUAUAUCGCGGAGCUUGAAUCGCUAGUCACGCAGCUGGAGGAGGAGAAUGCCGAGCUGUUGAGAGAACAGGAGGAGCGACACCGGAAACAGCUUAAAGAGCUCAUGGAACGAGUGACGCCAGUCAUUGUGAGGAAAAAGCUAUCACGAGAUCUUAGAAGAACGAACUCGGUGGAGUGGUAGAAUUGAGCCAAGCUCAGUUGACAUCCCCGUACAGUUAUAACAUAGCAUUUGGUCCUUCUGUAUGUCAAUUUUCUAUUUAUCUGCGGCAACUUGGUGCUAGUACCUUAGCAGAAAUAGCAUGGGCAGUUAGCCGGCACAGUAAUGAAAUCAUAUUAUGCAGGAGGGAGAGUGGUCAUGAGCAAGAAAGCCUGUUAUUCCUAUUUGGCCCGCGGAGUCUGUUCUGCCUGAUUCUAUUUUCUAUAUUUUCUUGAAACCGUGGCCGGUAGGUUUAGCAAGAAAGAAUAGUACUCCAAUUAGCAGGAUCACCCGAAAGUAAAUUGGAGCAUCAUACAAUGUUGCUUGUUCCCUGUUUGGUGCCAUAAGCCCACAAUGAUUCAAGAGUUGGUAGUAGAAUCCAAUGUAACUUUCAAAACAGCCGUUUUUAGUUUCUGUUGUGUACUUGUAUGUAGACCAAAAAAUCGCAUUGUAUGAGUUUGACCUGGACAAGAUUAUCCCAUCUAUUUGUAGCAUGGUUUGCCAUGUUUUCCAA